GACGCGCGGCGCGCUCGCGGCAGUCCUCUCGCGCUGUACUGUAAUCAUAUGACAGGGAGUCGGUCCUCCGCUGCCGAAUACCGACACACCGGGGCGGACACGAGCGAAGGAGCCAGGGCGGAGGACACCAGUUGAUGGUAACUCUGUAGCAGAAGGAGCACAGACGGAGGCGGCCGAAGUGUCAAGCGAGUGCCAAACUCCCCCUUAACUUUUUCAAAACUCUGGAGAGAGGCGAGCCGAGGGGGUUGGUGGGGGGGGAGAACCGCUGAAGAGGACGGGACUGACGAACCGAAGGACAGUCCGCUGCACCCGGGAUCUGAGAGUUGAGGCUGGUCGGGCGGUGUGCGGGUCGUGGCUGGUGGAACCCGUCCCUGGGAUCGUCGCUUUUUAUCUGCGAGAAAAGUUGAUCCGCUUUCCCUGCAAGCCAAGCCGCCCGGAUCAAAAGCCAUGGUCGGGGAGACAGAGGUGAAGGAGAGACCCAAGUCCAACCCGGACUAUCUGAUGCAGCUGAUGAACGACCGGAAGGUGAUGAGCUCCCUGCCCAACUUCAGCGGCAUCUUCACGCAUCUGGAGCGGCUGCUGGACGAAGAGAUCGGCAGGGUGCGCAAAGACAUGUACAACGACACGCUAAACGGCGGCAUGUUCAACGGGCGGGACAUGGAGGAGCUGCCCGAGGCCAUCGGCCCCGUUGCCCAGCUGCAGGAGAAGCUCUACGUGCCUGUCAAAGAGUACCCCGACUUCAAUUUUGUAGGAAGGAUCCUGGGCCCACGUGGCCUGACAGCCAAACAACUGGAGGCAGAGACCGGCUGCAAGAUCAUGGUGCGAGGAAAAGGCUCCAUGAGAGACAAGAAGAAGGAGGAGAUGAACCGAGGGAAGCCCAACUGGGAGCACCUCAGCGAGGACCUCCACGUCCUGAUCACCGUGGAGGACACGCACAACCGCGCCAAGAUCAAGCUCCAGCGAGCCAUCAACGAGGUCAAGAAACUCCUCGUGCCCGCUGCUGAGGGGGAGGACAACCUGAAGAAAAUGCAGCUGAUGGAGCUGGCCAUUCUCAAUGGGACCUACAGAGACGCCAAUGUCAAGACACCCAAUGCUGCCUUCCCUCUAGCGACCCCUCAGGCGCCCCGGAUCAUCACGGGCCCAGCGCCCGUCCUGCCCCCUACCCUGCGAAACCCCGCCCCUGUGACCACGCCCACCAUCAUGCCUCUGAUCCGUCAGAUCCAGAGCUCGGCCCUUAUGCCCGGAGGCAAUCCACAUCCGGCGCUGGUGCAGCAAGGACCCGAGUCUGGAAUCAUCUACACGCCUUACGAGUAUCCCUACACACUCACGCCCUCCAUAUUGGAAUACCCGAUUGACUCAACUGGAGUAUUAGUCCCUUCUUCCUGUGUUUUUGCAGCAGGUGCCAUGACCACUAAGGUACGACGCCACGACAAGAGAAUCCAUCCUUACCAAAGGGUAGUGACCACAGACAGAGCUGCCACGGCAACUAACCCAUGACCCCGCCCCCUUUUGCCCCACCCCUUGACCUUCUGACCUUUCCGCCCACUGAUGACCCACCCAUCUCUGCCUGCUGGCGCGCUCAUUGGCCCGCGGCUCAGCCAACAAGAGACCAGAACAUUGGGAACAAGCCGGCUGCUGCUGCUGCCUCUGUCUAAACCGGCCAACCAGAUGACAGCGAUCCCGGGAAUAAACUUCAGGACCCCACCCCAAACCCCCUUCACAACGCCCAUCGUUUUACCAAACGUGCCUUCCUCUCUAAAAUCCCAAAGCCAGUCAUAAAAUCUUCUCUGAAUAUCCAAAAUUACAAUCUGUGACAGCUGUUUGACUUUGCAAAGGGAGUGGGCACCAAACUGGAGACAGGCUUUCUAAACUUAUUCCGGUCUCUCUGAGCUGCCAUGCCAUGCAAUAAUGACUAUUAAUAACAUGGUAACUAUACUGAUACUGGUGUUACUCAUCAGCGCAAAAGAACCCUCCAUAAACACUAGACUGUGGAACAUAUGUUAAGAUUUUAUAGAUUUUUUUUUUCCCAUCAGUGAGUGCAUUUACAUGCAAUGUAACAUUUGUAAAUGGUGUUAAAACAUGCAUAUAUUAACAACAACAAAAAUACCCAGCUUCAUCUUGACACUAAAAAAGCCAUCAUUCAAGAAAGAAAAAUGCCAGCACAGAACCUUUUACACCAUAAAGUGACAGGUGCCUGAGUAAAAAAAAAGUAUUAACUGGAAUCCUAAAUGCCAGAUCCUGUGUUGCAGACACACACACACACACUCAAAGGAAAAUUGCUUUCCUUUUUUCCCUUUCACAAUGAUGCCUUGGCCCUUUUUCACACUACAGUAUUGUAUGAGCUUGAACAACAGUGCCUUUAUUGCAAGCGAAGGAACAAUGUUACCCGUAAAUGAAUUUUUUUGUCUUCAAUUCAAACGUCAGGACACUAUAUAGAGGGCCAAAAACGCCAUGAAUCUUAUAAAGCAAUAAGUUAAAAACGAAUAAAUUAUUUGAGUCCAAUUAUACAUGUGAUCAUUUUAAUAACAUUCUAAAUCAAAUAAAUGAAAAAAUAAUCAUGAAUACUAUAGAAUUGGAAAUCAUUUCUUGAAAUUUUAAUUUGUUACGUUAUAAUCACGUGUAGUAAAUUCACAAUUUUAACCUAAAUAAUUCAUAGCCAUGUGCUGCAGCACAUCCAGGUGUUAUGUUAUCUGACAGCCUCACUUAUAAAGGCAGUGGGUUGUGCUGCUGUGAAGAUUAGCCAAUCAGAUUUUAGCGGCUACUUCACAAUCCACAAUUGUGAUGACAUGUAAUACAAGAAAAAUAAAUUACUUAAAUAGAGAAAACUUAUUAUAUUUGAUUAUCCCAUUAAGAAUGUUCAUUUUAAUUACUAAUGUGAUUUGAUUUUGUGUUAAAUUAUUGACAUAUUUGCUUUGUUACAAAAUCAUUUAUAUAUUUACUCUAUAAAUUUACCUAAUGCAAUUAUUUCCAAUUCUAUUGAAAUGAUCACAGUUCUUUAGCAAUCUAUAUAAUAAUCUGAUUUAGCCACUUUUGGCCCCCCAUACUACCUCUGUGCCCAGCCACAAAUUGUAUCACUGGGGGUUCCUUUUGAUGAGUUAGGGCAGCAGGGAAUGGUGUCUCUGACUGAAUUAGCAUUUUUUUAGUGCCCCUUAUUUGUGCCAAAUUAUGGAUGCGUACAAGUUUGUUUGCACCCCUUGUAGCAAAAUGGAAAUACACCUUAAAUACAGCGACUUUUAUUGCAGCAUCAUAAUAACAGUGAAUAUUUUUGAACAUCCCAUCAUUUAUUUAGAAUACGUUUAUUCAGGGGGAAAAAAUGUAAUCACAGAUUUUUAUGACAGACUUAGUGGUGCCACAAAUACUUCUUCUUCUGGUGCACUUCUUCUUCCGUGGGUCAGUGUGUUGAUCUGGCCACAUGUUUUAGAUCGUUAUACUGCUGCAAGACCAAGUGAUGACCCACUCUCAGUUUUCUGGCAGGAUUAUUUAAAAUGCCCUGAACUUUUAAAUUGUUGAUUAUGCCUUGUACUCAGUUUACUCCAGUUCAGUUAAUUAGUAUAAUGUCGUCUCAAAGCACAUUAUAAGACACUUUACAGAGCAUCUCAGAUCCUCCGCCGUAUGUAUUAGUGGGCAUGCGGUACUUUCCCACGUCCUUGUAUGACACUAAACCCACCUAACAUGUUUGCUGCUCCAGGUUUGUUCUUAGGGUCAUCUGAUCACGGCACACAUUUCGACUUAAUGUCUCCCUCAUUUAUGUUUUGUAAUGGUUGGACAGAAGAGCCAUUUUUCGGCAAUGUCUCCCAAACAACCAGUUUGCACGUAGAUGCAAUAUUUUUAUGGAGACUUGGUAAACCCCAAAAUUGCUCAUCAUUUGAAAGCUAUUUUCUCAUUUCUCUCCCAUUUUGAAGAGGAAUUAGUUUGAGUCGCAUCGGAUUUGUACCCUAAGAAAACAUAAAAUUCUGGAUUAUUUCAAUUUAGAAAUUAUAGUACACGUGCAGAAAAAAUAAUGCUUUGGUUACAUUUGUUUAGGAGGAAUAAUUAGGUGGGGGAAACACUUAUAGCAUUUUUAGAGUUUUUUCCCACUGAAUAAAUAUACUAAAAGUAAAGGGUGGGGUUUUCUAAACGUUUCAGUCAGAAAUCAUGCUGCUACAAUAAAAGAUGACUUUAUUUAAAGACUUUUUUACAUACGAAUAAAUAGGGGUGCCAGUACUUUUGUCUGCGUUUUUAAGUAUGAGUUGGAGGGACGAUGCAGCAACUAAAAAGCAUCUUUAAAACAAGAACAGUGUUAUAUUUUAUCUUUGUUUUAUUGUGUUGGUUGUUUCUUCUUCUUGUUGUAUUGCAUGUGUAUCUGCCUUGUGUCAAAAAGCACGGUUUAGCUUUCAUACAUACAAACCAAGUGAUGCCUUCAUAUGAAAGAAAACCAUGCAGUCAUAACUUCUGUAACAAGUUUAUAUUGUAUUUUUAUAUUCUAUUUUGUACGCCACAAAAAAAAAACAAAUUAAAUGACAUUUUCAGAUAAGAGACAUUAUGCCUUAUUAUGGAGAAAGAAUCGGUUUUAGGUCAACUACCCUUCACGUGUUAUCAGUAGCCUUCAUGUCCUGAUAAACUGGAGUUCUCUGUUUUAACUUUUUCGAGCCUUCGAGAUCAGCAUUGCUUGCCUUUUGUGCCUUUUUUUUGUAUAUACGACGACAAGUGUGACAAUUAACAGUGUAGUACAACAUUAAUCUACUCUUUGGUGCCAAGUGUAGGUUACUAACUGUUGCCACUUCUGUGAUUAUUAACCACUUUAAUGGUAUCUGUCUCUGCCUCCUUUUAAAAGAAUAAAAAGUGUGUCUAAGAAGAUGGAGAAAAAAAAAACGUGCUGAAUGAUGAUCUUUUAACUUUUAUCUGAGGAAUAACUCUUUGUUCACUAUUAAACUCCUAGAUGUAAAACUAA